AUGACAUUUACAUAUGGCACUGAUCACCUUGAGCCGGCCUUUCAAGACCGCCCAGUCCCCAACAUUGCUUAUGGUCUGCACUUUGACGAAGCGGCGGCGCACCACGUUGAAAAGACGCUCAAGGCGAAACGUGUGUACAUCAUCGCAUCCAAUUCUUUGUCGAACAACACUAAUGCCCUCAAACGCCUCCAACGUGCUCUGGGCGAGAAAGUCGUCGGCGUUCGGGUCGGCAUGACCCCCCACACGCACUGGAAUCAAGUUCGAGAAAUUGCUCUGGAUGCUGCGCCAAAGAAUCCCGACUGCAUCAUCACCCUGGGUGCCGGCAGUCUCACAGAUGCGGCGAAACUCAUCUGCUGGAUGCUGGCCAACGAUAUCACCACAGUCGAAGGCAUGGAGAAGCUGGCCUCGGAAGGUCAAAACUUCAAGGACCCUGUUGUACAACACGUGGCGAUCCCGACGAGCUUGUCGGGAGGCGAGUACCAAGCCAUCGCAGGGGCGACGCGCGACGACGGGACUGAUCGCAAACAACUAUUCACCCCGCCCGAGAAGAACCCGUGCCUGGUCAUACUGGACCCAGAAUUGACCACGACGACACCCGAGAGAAUCUGGCUGAGUACCGGCGUCAGAGCGGUCGACCAUUGUGUCGAGACAUUAUGUAGUCUGCGAUCCAACGACCGGGGUGACGCGGAGGCUGAAAAGGGAUUGCUGCGCCUGGUGCCGGCUCUGAUCAGGACACACCAGGACUCCAAAGAUCUGGACGCGCGUUUCGAGACGAUGAGGGGGGUGAUCGAGGCGAUGAGCGCCGUCUCCUCUGGCGUACCUCUCGGCGCCAGUCACGCGAUCGGCCAUCAACUGGGACCCAUGGGAGUCGGUCACGGCGAGACGAGUUGCAUCAUGCUCCCGGCCGUGUGCAAGUGGAAUGAAAAGGUGGGCGCCAACGUUGAAAAACAGGCCUACACGAAAAAGGUCCUGCUCAAGUCACCCAUAGUGGUGGAUUUGCUGAAAGCGAAGUACGGGAAAGAGGCCGGGGCCUUGGAGAAAGUUGACCUCGGUGACAUCUUGGACGUCAUCUUCAGAGAGAUGGGGAUGCCACGAACACUCAAGGACGUCGGUGUUGGAAAGGACAAGUUGGAUGCCCUGGCGACAAACAGCUUGACGGACCAUUGGAUCAAAACGAACGCAAAGCCGAUCACGGAAAAGGAACAAGUCAUGGAAAUUCUACAGAUGGUGGUGGAGUGAGAAGCACAGACGCACGGGGUUGAACUUUGGUUGAGCGUGUGCACAGCGCAAGUGGGCC